CGGAGGGAGGCAUGUCCCAGGGCCCAGGAGCACAGCCAGGACCACCCUCUGUGUACCACGAGCGGCAGCGACUGGAGCUGUGCGCCAUCCACGCCCUCAACAACGUCCUCCAGCAGCAGCGCUUUAAUCAGGAGGCUGCCGAUGAGAUCUGCAAGAGGUUGGCGCCAGACUCCCUGCUGAACCCCCAUCGCAGCCUCCUGGGCACUGGCAACUAUGAUGUCAACGUGAUCAUGGCUGCCCUGCAGGGGCUGGGCCUGGCCACUGUGUGGUGGGACAGAAGGAGGCCCCUGUCCCAGCUGGCCCUGCCCCAGGUGCUGGGGCUCAUCCUCAACCUGCCCUCUCCUGUGUCGCUGGGGCAGCUGUCCCUGCCACUGCGUCGGCGGCACUGGGUGGCCCUGCGCCAGGUGGGAGGUGUCUACUACAACCUGGACUCAAAGCUGCGGGCACCCAAGGCCCUGGGCGAUGAGGACGGACUCAGGGCCUUCCUGGCGAAGUGCCUGGCUCAGGGCCUGUGCCAGGUGCUGCUGGUGGUGACCAGGGAGGUGGAGGAAAAGGGCAGCUGGCUGCGGGCAGACUGACCCAGCAGAGGAGGGAACCACGGCUGCCUGCCCAGCGAGUCCCUGUGAGUGGAGUCCAGCUCCUGUGCAGCAACGACAGGACCUUACUUCAUGGGCCCUGCGGAGGCCCCAACCCCGUCCUCGCUCCCUGUGCCACUGCUGCCUCAAUAAAUAUGUUUUGUUCUGA